GUUUUUCAACUAUAUGCUGUGUAUUUCAAAUCAGUCUCGUUUUUAACACAGGCGCAGUACCACUGGUCGACAGUGAAUUUCAUAAUUUUACACCGUUUUUUCAGCAGAUUUUUCACAUUUUGAUACAUUCAUAUUUGCAUCCAGAGAAAAUUAGCUAGAAAGUUUGCUACAUAUCUCGUGCAUUUAUAUUUAGAUAUUUUUUAAAGUCACAUUUUUGAGAGAAGGAGAAACGGUUCAAAAUGGUCAACUUUAAACAAACAUCAAUCGCAUUGCAACGUUUAUUUGUGUAUGGAACAUUAAAAUCCGGUCAACCAAACCAUAAUAUCUUACGUGAUCCGGCAAAUGGCUUAGCAAAAUAUUGGUGCAAAGCGACGACAACAACAAAAAUGCCACUUGUGAUUGGUACACGCUACAAUAUUCCAUUUUUAAUCAAUAAGCCAGGUGUGGGCAGCUAUGUUACGGGCGAAAUAUACGAAGUGGACGACAAAAUGAUGCAUAUUUUAGACAAUUUAGAGGAUUGUCAACGCAUCUACAAGCGUGCAAUUCAAGAUAUGAAUUUGGGCAUUGGCGAAGGGGUUGUUCCAUGCAAUGUUUUCUUGUUGGAUAAAUACCCAGAGCAUCUGCUGGAUUUGCCACACAUUACCGAGUACAAAAAUUGUGCCGAACAUCCGUACAUUAAGAAAACAUUACGAAAGCAUGUGUUAAAUGAUGAAGAUUUUACACCAGCUACAUCAGCGGCUGGUGCAGCCUAAAUAUCAUCCGUUUUAUAUCCGUUUUUUUUUUCAUUUCUAUUUCCAUUUUUUCUAUUUUCAAAUGAAGAAUAAGCAGCACAUUAAAAAAAAUUUAUAAUAAAUUUCUUGAUUGCGAUUAUUACUAUUGUAAGACAAUAAACGGCGAUCUGUUUUUUUUUUGUUGGUUCCAAUGUCAACAUUACUUUAAUAAAGUCAAUCCGAAUCGGUUUAUUUUUUUAUCAA